AUGAUCGAAAUGUCGAGGGACGAGAUAAACCAGCUAGUUUACAAGUAUCUUGAGGACGAGGGAUACAUAUACACGCUCUUUACGUUCAAGAACGAGGCUACUCCUAGUGACAAGCCCCUUGCCCAUAGUUUAAUAUCUCUUGUGGGGAAAGGACUGCAGUACAUGUAUGGUACCAAGCACCUUCAUGGAAGCGAGAUCAUUAAGUGUGAUGCAAAGUUCUGUCUGUCUGAGGAGCAUGUGUGCAAGUUUAAGAAGAAGGAGGCAGUAGAUGGCAGCAUGCCCCGUGCACUGAAGAAAGAAGAAACGAUGACUAUCAAUGCCGUUGAGGUUUGCCUGGAGAAUGUAGGAAGCGAGUUGCUUUCUUGCUGGAAUAAAGAAUGGUUGAGCAUCUACACUGAGUCUGGAGAGGUUCUUGGGCUUGGGAGCGAGGGCCUGCUCUGGAAAAGAGAGAUGAAGAAGCUAACGGCGCUAUCCUGGAGUGAUGAUAAUUUAGUUGCCGGGAAUGAGUGUGGAGAAGUGAUCACAGUCAAUGUCUCGAGUGGGAGGACAAGAAGCUAUGCGUGCCAUGGUAAGGCUGUUACGAGAGUAAGACAGCGUGGAAGGGGGAUUCUUUCUUCUGGAAGGGACGGGCGUAUAGUUAUGAUGAAUAACGGAGUCACUGAAAUAAGUGUUUCCGAGUGUGGAGUAGAGGACGCUGUAUGGAUGGGAGAAAACGAGGUUGGAUGCAGCCUGAGCGACUUUUCUGUUUCGUUUGUAAAUGGCAGCGAGCUUGAAGUGACAAAGCUAGGUGCACACGAGGGCAAUAUAAGUAGUAUGGGGCACAGCGGGCAGAUUCUCUCAACAUCCUCACAUGAUGGCACCCUUGGUCUGUGGAAUGUUGCUUCUAUGAAUGGAAAUAGAAUAGGUGCCCACGACGGUGGCGUCAAUUGCCAUAAAUGGAUAGAUGGGAAGGCUGCAACGUGUGGAUCUGACAUGCUUGUAAAGAUCUGGGACAUGGAGAAGGUCGUUCCUGUCUAUGAGCUGAAACACGAAGAUAAGGUUAUGGCCAUCGAUUGCUCAUCACGUGUGGUUGCAAGUGGGUCUUCUGAUGGCCAAGUGGUGUUAAGUGAUUGUAGAUGCAAUGAAGUUUACAGAUACAAGGUGGAUGGAAGCAUCUCGAAGCUUUUAUUCUCUGAAAGCGGAGCAUAUUUAUGUAUCUGUAUAUCUGGAAGAUCGCCAAAGUUGAUAAAUCUUAGGUAUUUCUGA